GUAGCGGGCGGAGGAGGCGGGCAGAGGCGGACAGGAGGUCAGCGGAGGCCGAGGGGAGGUUGGCGCGCACAGCGGAAUGUGCAGCGGGAUGUUGGGAGGAGGCGGACGCGAUGUGGGCGGAGGGCAAGGGGAGAUGGGAGAUCCCAAUGGUGGAAGGGAGGGUUGGCGCGCACAGCGGGAUGUGCAGCGGGAUGGUGGGAGGAGGCGGACGCGAGGUGGGGAGGUGGGCAGAGGCGGACAUGAGGUCAGCGCAGGCCGAGGGGAGGUUGGCGCGUACAGCGGGAUGUGCAGCGGGAUGUUGGGAGGAGGCGGACGCAAGGUGGGGGGAGGGCAAAGGGAGAUGGGAGAUCCCAAUGGCGGAAGGGAGGGUUGGCGCGCACAGCGGGAUGUGCAGCGGGAUGGCGGGAGGAGGCGGAUGCGAGGUGGGGGGAAGGCAAGGGGAGAUGGGAGAUCCCAAUGGCGGAAGGGAGGUGGGCGGAGGCUGACAGGAGGUCGUCAGAGGCAGUCACGGGAUGGCGGAUGUGCGGGCAGAGGAACGGAGCCCAGAGCGGAGGUGAGCGGAGGCGGAGAAGUGGCGGAGGCCGAGCGGAAAGAGAGAGAGGACAUCUCCAAAGGAUGCGGAUGGGAGGUGGGCGGAGGCGGAGGGGAGAUUGGCGAUCCCAAUGGCGGGAGGGAGCUGAACGGAGGCGGAGAGGAGAUGGCGGGAGGCGUACGGGAGGUGGCAGAGGUGGAGAGGAGAUGGUGGGAGGAGGAGGACGGGAGGUGGCGGAGGUGGAGAGGAGAUGGCGGGAGGAGGCGGGCGGGAGGAGGUGAACGGGAGGUGGCAGAGGCGGAGAGGAGAUGGUGGGAGGAGAUAUCCGGAGGAGGCGGACGGAGAGGAGAUGGUGGGAGGAGAUAUCCGGAGGAGAGGAGAUGGCGGGGGAAGGCCGACGGAGGUGGGCGGAGACGGAGGGGAGGUGGUCCGAGGUGGGCGAAGGUGGGCGGAGGCCGAGCGGAGGUGGGCGGGGGCCGAGCGGAGGUCGGUGGAGGCCGAACGGAGGUGGGCGGGGGCCGAGCGGAGAUGGUGGAACUCAGGCAUCCCUUUGAUGAAACAGCGCCUACGGCUUCCAUGGCAACAGGGAUGCUCGACUACGCUAGACUGUACUACGAGGAUAUCCUCACCACCCGCCGGCCGCAAGACAACAUACACACCGACCUGACGGAGGUCUCGAGCUUGUGGGAGGACACGCAGGGGAGACUCCCACUUUCAGCAAAGCUAGAUCUGGACAGACCUCUUACCUUCGAGGAGACCACCCAAACAUUGAAGUCCAUGGCGAAAGGCAAGGCGCCCGGUAUCGAUGGGUUGACGGUGGAGUUCUACUCCAAAUGCUGGGGUGCGGUAGGACCACCACUGGUGGAACUCUACAACGAGGUGCUGAUGGGAGGCAGGCUGGGUAAGAAGAUGGCCCACGGUGUUAUCUCGGUACUCUUCAAGAAGGGGGACAAAGCGGAGGUGAGGAACUGGCGCCCGAUCUCCUUACUCAAUGUCUCGUACAAAAUCUUGGCCAAGACAUUAGCAAGGAGAUUAGGGAGGUACCUACCUGGGCUGGUGGAGAAAGACCAAGGUGCUUUCGUUCAAGGGCGCUCCAUCUUCAACAACAUCGCAACCGCCAUCGAGGUCCUGGAGGUGGUACAAUCUGAGAACUUGGAUACAGCGGUACUGCCGCUGGACUUGGAAACGAUCUAUGACAAGGUGGGAUGGACGUUCGUCAUGACCACACUGAAGCACAUGGGGUUUGGCUGUGGUUUUUGCAACAGGGGUCAUCUCGACGGUACGCCGUUUAGUGGCUCGUUUCUUCUGGAAGCCAAGUGCUAAGAAGGAAGAGGGUUUUGUAACCAAGGUGGCAUGGGAGCUGCUCACCUUCCCACGAGCGCAGGGAGGGCUGGGUCUCUGGGACCCGGCACGAA